AUGUCUCUCGACGCAACGCCCGCCUCCGACGGUCGCCCGGUGAUAAUCGGCGUCGUCCUCGGCUGCUUCGCUGCCCUCUCGGUCGGCGCCAUCCUGUUGUACACUCGCUUCCGUGCACGGAAGGAGCGCAAGGAUAUGGAGAUCGCAGUGCGCGCGCACGGCCGGUCAGGCUCGGUGGUUUUGGACAAGUCGCAUCCCGCGGCGAGGAUUACGCCGUUCGGCGCGUCGAAGGGCGAUGCGAGCACGGAGUUGCCACCGUUCCACCGUGAACCUGGCGCGAAUAUGCGCACAGCUGUCCGUAUGGACAACGGCACUUGGGAGUUCUUCAACGUCGACCCGGAUCCUUUCGCCCGUGGAGAGGGUGCAGCGACGCCGACACGCUCAGUCGCCGACCUGCGGAUGUCACGCUCGCCAUUCGCGUCUUCGUUCGACGAGCCACGACCUUCACCUUAUGCUUCUUCCUUCGAUACGCGACGCUCACCAUCGCCGGCGCCGCUGCUGUCUCCUCUACCCUCUGCGCACGUAUCCAGUAAGGAUAAGGAGGCGCGGAAGUACUACCUGGCGUCGGACGAUGGUCACGGCGAGUGGGAGGUGCCACCACCGGCGUAUGGGCUGGAGACACCCACGUAUACGGAGCAAUUCUCGGCGACGGGACGGUAG